AGAACGAGAAGAUGGAGAAUGGAGAGGGCAUAUAAAACAAAAACCAGCUGACUGAUGAUGACUGUGACAUAACAAAAAAAAUGAAAAUAUCCUUUGUGUAAAAAUUUAGAUUAUUUUCCUUUAUCCAGGACAAUUUGUACCUUGUUUUUAAAUUAUGUGCAAUAACGCAGUAUUACAGAGGAUAUUUUAGCGAAAUGGAAGGACAAAUGGACGGUAUAAGUUGUUCGCAAUUUACUUUUUACAAUGACUUUGAUUCGGCCAACCUGUCACGAGUUGAAUUCAUUGCACACAGCGAAUCUGCCGUGGUUAAACAACCGUCAACCUCAUCAAACAAUAAAACUGUCGAAAUACCAGAUGCGGAGUUUAACUUGUGGACCAAACCCGAUUGUCACAAUACAGAAUUUGAAAAUGGCAAUAGAACGUGGUUCUAUUUCGGCAUCAAAGCUCCUCAAGGCGGUUUACUGGUCAAACUCAACCUGGUCGAUUUGAACAGACAAGGAAAAAUGUACAGUCAGGGCAUGGCACCUGUAUAUAGAAUUUUACCUGGCAAAUCUAAAUGGGAACGGAUACAUGAUAAACCUGUAUAUAAUACUGUUGAAGAUAUUUUUAUAUUAUCUUUUAAAUUCCGUACUCCUGAAAAUCUGGACAGUUGCACGUAUUUUGCUUUUACAUAUCCAUUUUCCUAUAUGGAAUUACAAAAAAUGAUUAGCAAUAUUAGUUUGAAAUACUUGUCCAUUGCACCUAUUUCUGAGGAUGAUAUUUAUUACGUUAGAGAAACUGCUUGUUUGUCAUUGGAAGGACGCAUUGUUGAUUUGAUUACUAUUUCUUCCUAUCAUGGAAUUACUACGGAAAGAGAGGAUAGGUUGAAAAAUCUUUUUCCCAAUAAAGAUGCUCAAAGACCUUAUAAGUUUGUUGGAAAAAAGGUCAUAUUUAUCUCAGCAAGAGUCCAUCCAGGUGAAACCCCUUCAACAUUUGUGUUCAAUGGAUUUCUCAAUUACCUUUUAUGUCGAGAUGAUUUGCAAUCCCAAAUUUUAAGGAAAAAUUACGUAUUUAAGCUAAUACCUUUUUUGAAUCCAGACGGAGUGGCUAAUGGACAUUACAGAACAGAUACUAGAGGUGUUAAUUUGAAUAGGAUUUAUUUGAAUCCUAGCAUAGAGGAACAUCCAUCUAUUUAUGCUGCAAAGUCUUUAAUUAGAUAUUAUCAUUUUGGUUUUGAAAAAGAAGAAGCCAUACCAAAAUGUGACCAGUGCAAAAAGGACCCUAACAGCAAUCACGAAUCUCACAAGGGUGAUACCGAUAACUUAAAUAAGCUUUCUAGUAUGUCGUUAAAGGAAGAAGGUGAUUCCUCUGUAUCGUGGUGCACCAAAUGUAAGGCUAACAUAAUAAAACUAGAAAAUACCAUGCCGGGCAUUUCGACGCUGGUACCAACUUUUAAUUUGCCCUCGAAUACUCCUCUAGGGCACAAUUUUUGUCGGCAGUGCGGCACGGCUCUGACCCACACCGAAAGCAAGGAGGAAGUAAAGUUCGAAAAUGUACUCGCCAACCGCGGCGACGUCAAUUCCAACGAAUCCGGAAUAUUUUUGUAUUUGGAUUUGCACGGGCACGCUUCCAAAAAAGGGAUUUUCAUGUACGGAAAUCAUUUCGACGAUCUCGAACGGAGGGUGGAGUGUAUGCUGUUGCCGAAACUGAUGGGGAUGAACAAUCAUCAUUUUCAUUUUCAAGGGUGCAAUUUUACGGAGAGGAAUAUGUAUCUCAGAGAUAAACGUGAUGGUAUGAGCCGAGCAGGUUCAGGAAGAGUAGCCGUACUAUCAUUCACAGGAAUAAUAAAAAGUUACACUCUAGAGUGCAACUACAAUACCGGAAGACUUGUAAACGUGCUACCGCCAACAGUCAAAGAAAACAACGGUAAAGUCCACACUUUGCCAGUACCGCCUAAAUAUACACCGCAAAUAUUCGAAGAGGUUGGCCGUUCGUUGGGCGCCUCAAUUUUGGAUCUGACCGGUCAGAAUCCGUUUUCCCGAUUGCCAAAUUCCGAAUUUCACAAUUUAACCGGUCUCAGGGAUUGGUUGCGCAACAGUUGCGCUACCAACAAUUUCGGCGAAGCCAAACCGAAGCUGACGAGGAUGCGCAAUUCGUCUGUUACGGGCCAAACGCAGGGGAAAAACCGUAACGUCCCACGAACCAAGCCGCAGCCAGUCAGAAAAUCAGUCAAAUUAAACAAAAGUAGAACUCAAUUGCCUGUGGAACGUAAAGAAAACUUGGUUUGUCAUUCGGUUCUGAAUCAACCCAGCUGCUCAAAGUCGUCGGUGAAAUUGUCGUCAGUGAAAUUAGGCAGGACACUUAAGGCAAAAACCAGAAAAGAAUCGUCAUUGAAAAGUAAAAAUGUAGCAACACAAAAAUUAAAACCCCCAUCAAUUACUAAAAACAGAAAGAUGCCCGUGCCUUUAACUUCACAAAAACUCAAGCUGGACUUGAAGACUUCUCAAGGCGAACCUCAAAAAGAAAAAGAGGAUUCUGAGUUGAACUUGCGCGAAGUUUGCUUUAUAAAAAACAAUGAAGGUAAAGCAAUGAUAGCAAAAUACAAUAAAGAAGGCGAAGAUUUCGACGACAGUCUAGUAGUGACUUGGGACGCCCCCACAUCCAAAGCUACAGUAUUUACCCAUAAAUCCAGCAGAUCUUCAAGUGCGCCUCAUUUUUUAGUAAACAAAUUGCCUUCGGAACCAGGAACUAGCAAACAAGGCGAGUUUCGUAUACACAACUUUUCUAAAAGCACGAUGAAGACGAAAUUUAAAAAGCAAAUUUUAAGGAGGCUGGCAAGUGCUACUGAAUUGGGCAAAAUCGACAGGAAGUCUGUUAAAAAGAAAAUACGCAUUAAGUAAGGAAUUUUUUGCACGGUUUGGGUUUGGAAUAAUUAUGAAAUUUGAUGUCAUAUGUUUAUUCAAUCCAAACUAUGCAAUACUAAUACACUCUUUAUACCAAGUUUUGUUGCGUUUGAAUACCGUAAACUUUUUGUAUCAGAAUUAUUGUUUUUAUUUAAAUCUAUAUAUUAUAUAUAAUAUAUUAUGGAAAAUUAAUUUAAUUUUUUUUCCAUUAAAUUUAAUUGAUAGAUGAGUAAUGUUUGUGUUAUAAUGGGCGUACUAAUUGGUUCAAGGUAAGUAUUUGUAUUUUUAGCAAAUUGAUAUCAAAAUUUGAUUGGCUAGUUUUUGUUAUCUCUUUGGAUUGCAGCAUGAUCUCUGUAUAUUCUACUAUUUUGGGUUAGUUAGUAAAUUAUAAUCGGCGUUCAUAGAAUGUGUAGAAAUCAUGAUGCUGAAUGAUUGAAAUUAAUAUAGUUUAAUUUCUUCACUCUUUUGAAAAUAAAACUUUCCUAAGGGUUGCAGAAAGUCUUAAGACUUUCUGCAAUUGCUAGGUGUUAUGGUUUAACUAAUAAAUUGCUUUAGGUUUUAAUUAUUUAUUGGAUAAGUAGAAAGGAGGGUCAUAUUUUGAAGUUACUGGUGCAUGUGCAAGAGUGUCUCACUACAUCUAAUGUAUUUAGUAGCUAAUUUUUUUAUUGUCACAAAUUCCGCAACUUAUUUUAAGCUAAUAGAAAUAAUAUCUUGUUAUUAUCUUGACUGCUCACUUACAAACCACGCGCUUUAUAUACCAAAACAUUCAAUUCGAGAAAUCUCUAGAGAAUCACUUGCUAAUUUAAAUCACACCCUCGAGUUUAUGGAUAAAUUUUUCCUACAAUGUCAUUAGCACACACUUGUUUGUGAUGUAAAAAUUUAUAAAAAAAAAUGUUAUACUAUACAUAGACAUCUGUAUGUAGUUGUUAGGUUUGGGAACUGUUGCCUGUAUUAAGCAAAUAAUUUUUAAUUAGUUAAACUUUGACCCUAAUAGUUUACAGAGCCGAAAGUACUUGAAGUACAAGUACAAGUUUUUUAAAAUUAUACUUUGAAACUUGAAAUUUACUGGAAUUUCAUCAAGUAAUUUACUUCAAGUAAAAACAUUGAGCUUCAAGUAAAGUGACAUUACUUAAAGUAUAUUUGAAAUAAUUUUGGUACUUUAAAUAUCUGAAAUCUGUUCAAAACAGUGCAAAUUCUUAGUAAUUUUUUUAGUUAUUCACAUUAUAAUCCGAUCCUCAUUCUAUUCUGGUACCUUAUCCGAACCUUAUGUUAAAAGUAUAAGGUGUUUUGGUGCUUAGUAAUUUUUUAUAUUUUUCGUUUCAAGGUUCGCCGAUCCGAAUAAAAUUUUGUAUAUCUCAAUCUCAGUCUUAAAAAACAAGCGGGGCCUGAUUCAAAAAUAGGUACAGGGUAUUUAAUUAUAUUUAAGCCCAUACCUGCAGCCUUUACUAUUUAGGGCGCGGUUAGAAAUAAUUGCCCAGAUCUUUGUUGGAUAUUGAGCAAAUUGAAAUAAAUAAUAUAUCAUUGGAAAGAGCAAUAAAUGCUCUAGAAAUUCGUGCAAAAUUGAGCUUGAUAGCUCCAAUAGUUUUUGAACAAUUGAGUCUCAAAGUUGGCUUUUAGAAUUCAGAAAAAAUACCCUUAUGAAAACUCUAUUUUUUAUUUUUUAGAAAUCGUAUUUUUGUCUCUGGAAAAUUUUCAAAAUCUUGACAUGUCUUGAGCAAUUGCCCAUAUCUUUUUGAGUAAAUUGAAAUAAAUGCCUUUGGAAAGAACAAUAAAUUCUCUAUAAAUCCGUGCAAAAUUCAGUUUGAUAACUCAAAUAGUUUUUGAGUAAUUCAGCCUCAAAGCUGAUUUUUAGUCUAAAUUUUGUCAAAAACUUUAAAUUCAAUUUUCUCAAAAACUAUGAACCUGGGAAUAUUGUAAAUUAUUGCAGAUCUUUUAGAGCUCGAUAAGAGCUAUAAAUGCUGAAAAUUUCAAUGUAAUUUGCUCAACGGUUAUCGAGCAAUUGAGAUUUGAAUAUUUUGAAAUCAGAAUUUAAAGGGGGUAGGUACAGGGUGAUCUAUUAUAAAUGUAACCCCCUGCUAACUUUUUCAUUUGACGUUUUUGACAGAAGUGUCAAAUACAAAAGUUUCAAGAAAUUGUCAAAAGUUUUUAAUUAAGUCACUUUUAGGCAUACAGGGUGCGUCAAAAAAGUGCAGCAGCGUGAAGUUAUAUUUUUUUAAAUGGAACACCCUGUAUAUUGUGCGCUUAUUUGUUAGUUCUCUUUAACCUGUUUUCAACGAUAUGGGGUUUGAUAUGUCUAUCUUCAACAGUUAUAGGGAAAAACAUGAAAACCCCUUUUAAGGUUUCAUAUUGAAAAAAGGAAAAUUAUACCAUUUAAGCUUUAAAGAAUUUUUUUUAUUAUCAGUUUAUUGUUCAAAUUUUAUUCAUUAAUAUACAAGGUGAAAUAUUAUAAUAAAUCCAGAUGUCUAAGCUAUUAUUUUUAUUUUUAAAAAAAUAACAUGAGAGACCUAGGAAGGAAUUUUCGUGUUUUUCCCUAUAACUAUUAAAGAUAAACCGAGGGAUAAACAUAUCAAACCAUAUAUCGUUGAAAUCAGGUUAAAGGGGAGUAACAAAUAGGCGCACAAUAUACAGGGUAUUCCAUUUAAAAAAAUAUAACUUCACACUGCUGCACUUUUUUGACGCACCCUGUAUGCCUAAAACUGACUUAGUUAAAAACUUUUGACAAUUUCUUGAAACUUUUGUAUUUGACACUUCUGUCAAAAACGUCAAAUGAAAAAGUUAGCAGGGGGUUACAUUUAUAAUAGAUCACCCUGUACCCUUAUGAAAAAUACGAUUUUUUUAUUUUCUAGUUUUGCUCUAUUUUGACUCUACCAAUCGAUAGAGCGGGUCAACAUUAGUAGAAAACAACCCUGACAUCAUUUUCAAAUGAUCAUUUUAAACAGAACCAAAAUAAAAAGGAAAUCUUAUUUUUGACUCGAGAAAAUUUUCAAAAUCUAGACAUGGUCAUGAGCAAUUGCCAUAUCUUUGUUAAAUUUUGAGCAAAUUGAAUUAAAUUAUAUACCAUUGGAAAGAGCAUUAAAUUCUCUAUAAACCCGUGCGAAAUUGAGUUUGAUAGCUCAGAAAGCUUUUGAGUAAUUGAGCCUCUAAGUUGACUUUUAGUCUAAAUUUUGUCAAAAACUUUAAAUUCAAUUUUCUCACAAACUAUAAACCUGAAAAUAUUGUAAAUUAAAGAUCUUUUGGAGCUUGAUAAGAGCUAAAAAUGCUGAAAAUUUCAAUGUAAUUUGCUCAACGGUUACCGAGCAAUUGAGGUUUGAAUAUUUUGAAAUCAGAAUUCAAAGGGGGUAACCUUAUGAAAAAUUCUACUUUUUUAUUUUUCAGUUUUGCUCAAUUUUGACUCUACCAAUCGAUAGAGCGGGUCAACAUUAGUAGAAAACAACCCUGACAUCAUUUUCAAAUGGUCAUUUUAAACAGAACCAAAAUAAAAAGGAAAUCUUAUUUUUGGCUCGAGAAAAUUUUCAAAAUCUUGACAUGUCUUGAGCAAUUGCCCAUAUCUUUGUCAACUUUUGAGCAAAUUGAAAUAAAUUAUAUACCUUUGGAAAGAGCAUUAAAUUCUCUAUAAAUUCGUGCGAAAUUGAGUUUGAUAGCUCAAAUAGUUUCUCAGUAAUUCAGCCUGAAAGCUGACUUAGUCUAAAUUUUGUCAAAAACUUCAAACUCAAUUUUCUCACAAACUAUAAACCUGAAAAUAUUGUAAACUACAGAUCUUUUAGAGCUUGAUAAGAGCUAUAAAUGCUGAAAAUUUCAAUGUAAUUUGCUCAACGGUUACUAAGCAAUUGAGGUUUGAAUAUUUUGAAAUCAGAAUUCAAAGGGGGUACCCUUAUGAAAAAUUCGAUUUUUUUAUUUUUCAGUUUUGCUCAAUUUUGACUUCACCAAUCAAUAGACUGGGUCAAAAUUAGUAAAGAACAACCCUGACAUAAUUUUCAAAAGGCCAUUUUAAGCAAAAACAAAAAUAAAAAGAAAAUCUUAUUUUUGGCUCUGGAAAAUUUUCAAAAUCUAAACAUGGUCUUGAGCAAUUGCCCAUAUCUUUGUUAAAUUUUGAGCAAAUGGAAAUAAUCUAUAUAUCAUUGGGAAGAGCAAUAAAUUCUCUAUAAAUCCGUGCAAAAUUUAGUUUAAUGGCUCAAAUAUUUUUUGAGUAAUUGAGCCUCAAAGUUAAUUUUUAUUCUAAAUUUUGGCAAAAACUUCAAACUCAAUUUGCUCAAAAACUAUAAACCUGGGUUGUAAAUUACAAAGUUUUUAGAGCCUAUUAAGACCUACGAAUGCUAAAAAUUUCAAUGCAAUUUGUUCAACGGUUACCGAGCAAUUGAGGUUUGAAUAUUCUGAAAGCAGAAUUCAAAGGGGGUUAUGAAAAACUCACAAUUUUUUUAUUUUUCAGUUUUGCUCCAUUUGACUUUACCAAUCUAUAGAAUGUUUAUUUUGAAGAAAAUUGUUUCUUCCUAUACCAUUGGAACGAGCAUUUAAAUUUUGUAUAAAUAAAGGUAUGGGCUUAAAUAUUAGGUAGGUAGAUACUUCAAGCAAAAUACUAGACAUAUUCAAGUGAAAAUACAAGUAUUUUAGAAUAGAUAUUGGAAAUACAAGUACUAGUACAUUACAAAAAAAGUAAUUCAAGUAAAAUACUUAUAUGUAGGUACUUGAAAUAGAAUUUCAAGUAAUUUACUUCAAAUAUUGACAGCUCUAAUAGUGUACAUUAGAUGUAGUAGACUCAAUACAAGUGGAUACCUACAUUAAAAAGAAAACAAAGAGUGAUAUAAUUUUGUGAUUUUUAUUGAAAAAAAGCUAUGUUUUGUUUUGCCUAUAACGUCAGUUGAAUAAAUAAAAUUGUAUUUGAAAAAACAAUACUAUGUUUUAUUUAAAUUCCUCAACCGUUUUUUUUUAGGAAUCAACAGGAAGUAUUUAAAUCAAACACUAACAAUUUAUUUAAUUAGUAAACUUUUUAUUAUAUAAAUUAAUAAAAAUUGCACGUAUUCUUACAAAGGCACCAUAGGUUAUCACAAAGUGGUAUAUAAGUUUUAUUUGCUUGGAAUUUCGAUCAGUCUAAAUAGCGAUUUUCAAUGUAAUGCAAAAAUGUUAAUCAUAUUAACACUUGUGUUCUAAACAAAAUGUAUGUUAAAUUACUCAGUAAAGUCUUAAGAUUAAAUCAAUAUACAAAAAUUUAACUCUACAAAUAAAAAUAAUACUAAUAAGUUAAUCAUAGUAGGCAGUACGAGUAUAAAAUCACUGUUUAUAGUAUAGAAAUAUACUCAUUUAUAUGAUUAUACUUAAUAUAGGAAUGUUUUGAUCCUGAUGGGCAUUUUCAAAAUUACACCUCUUGAGAUUCUAUUGUAGUGUAUUGCACCUUCCUGGUUAUAGCUUCCAAUACAGGCGACAAUUUCGUCUUGACACUGUCUUUUUUAAGAUACACAUAAGCUGUAAUAAGUGUUAACAAAAUACACACUAAAACCACAAGUAAUACCAUCAAGGCUUUGGAAAAUUUGGCAUGUUUAGAUUCAGUUAAGCUUUUCAAGUUCAAUAUUUUACCAAACUUCACGUUCCAACAAGUUAGGGCAUCUUCAUUUCGAAUUUUGACAUCGGUUUUUUGGCUCCAAGCGUACAAAUUUUUAGAAUUUGCGUCGCAUUUUAUCGGAUUAUUGCCUAUUUCCAGUGUCAAGCUUUCUGUCCGCGAAGGAUCGUUGGCCAGCUUGUCGAAUGUGUCUAAAUCUUCUUGGGUAAACUUUGAAAUGUUGUUACUUUCUAAAUCCAAAUACCUUAAUUUUUUUAAACAUAAAAUAUUGAAAUUUAAACUGGGGAUGUAGUUGUCUCCAAGAUAUAAAUCGUGUAAAUAAGGCAAAUCGCAAAAAACCUUUUCGUCUUUCCAUUUUUUUAUUUCAUUUUGCUCCAGAUGUAGUUUAUACAGCUUGGUCAAGUUGCUAUUGACGAAAAUAUCAUGUAAAUCGUCAGCUAGCUCUUCAUCAGUAUUAUCAGCAAACGCAUUAGUCAAGUGCAAUUCUUCUAAAUUUUCAAAAUUAGAAAACACUCUAGGAUGAUGAAAAUUCCUAUCGUCCUCUUCAGCUAUGGAAAUAUUAUUGUGAUUCAACAUUAAUCUUCUAACACUGCCAACAUGAUGGAAAGUUUUGCCUUUAAUUUCCGUAAUACCAUUAUUGCUCAUAUCGAUCACUUCUAGUGCAGUCAAAUCAGCUUGCUCACCAAAAAUAUUCACUGGCAAAAUGCUUAUAUGAUUACCAGUAAAUAUAAGAACAUUAGUUUUUUUCGGUAAUACCAUUAACAUGUCACUGUUGGUGAAUCCAGUGUCUGUGCAAUUGACAACAAACUUUGUCGCUCGGUCAAUGUAUUGGUUGCCACAUACGCAUAACUCUAGUAAUUUGUCUUCGCAAUUGUUGAUUCUUGCCUUUGCUGUGAAUAGUAUUGAGGCUACGAUUAGGAAUUUUGUUGCUUGAGACAU